AUGACCGUGGCGGGCUGCUGUGGGUUGGGGGCAAAUGCCCACCACAAGACAUUCUGGUUGAUGCUGGGUUUGGUGCUGCUGUCAUCCUUGCUUUUGAUUAUUAAAGAAAGAAGCUUUGCACGGGAAGUCCAUAAGCUGACGCCUAUCCUGGCCUCGCUGGUGCCUUCUUCUUGUGUCCCAAAUCCCCAAAAUGACGGAUUGUACGUCCAUCUGGAGUGUCCAAUUAGAAACUCUUCGACCUUCUACCCACCCUCAAAUUUUGCAAAAAACAUUUCUGCUUUCCGUGGAGUAUUCUUUGAAAUAAAGGCGGAGAUGUUUCAGUUCACUAAUACUCCAAAACUCCUCUCCACUAGCCGAACGGCGGAGUGGGUAGACCACCUCUUAGCUUCGGGGCUUCGUGCUGGCGGUUAUACGCUUCCUGGUAGCUUUUCUGGCUUCUUUAGGGAGAAGCAGCAGCUCUCUUUAGAGGACGAUGGGGUAUUUGAGCCGGAGCAAUCACGGCCACCCCGAAAGAUAGACUCUCAGAGCACUCUGGUGUACAACAAUCAUCUAUACACUGGCAGCCCUUUGCGGCCCCAAGUCGGUGAUAUCCGCAUUUCAUUUUGGGGAAACAAGUCUACUCACGUCAGUCUUAUAGGCAAACAGCUAAAACCCUACUUCGGAUCGGGAAGGACCAUUCUGGAUGCACCCACGGAUGCAAGGAAGGGGGAGCCAAUAACUAUACUUGCUGAGGGGGACUACAGUCCACAGAGCUUGAUAGAGCACCGUCUGACGGAACUAGGGUUCCCAGCCUCUUCUGUGUGGACGUGGAGAGCCGUGGCGUUCCUGACUUUGUUUGCCUUCGUGUUAUUCUUCAAUGCAUGGGUUGCCAUGUGGUCUGAGGAGAAUCCACUCCCUGUCUGGGCCCGUUGCUUCCUCUCUGCGCUCAUAGCGCUCGCUACAGUGCUACUAGAACUGGCAGCCGGAUGGUGGACGGUGGAGGCUACCGCGGCUCGUCGACUAGCGAUGAUAUCUGGCGUUGUUAUUGUCGCUGCAGGGCUCUUCAGGCUAUUGCUACCGCGAAUCCUUCCACAAGUACCUAAUGCGGGUUGUUCUCCUCCCGGGGCAUAUUACGACCUUGGAGUUUGCCUCCAGGCACCGAACCCGGGUUCCGGUUCCGGUAUUCGAUUACAGGAGACAAGUGCAAGUAGUACGAUGCCUACAGAGACAAAGCAAGGGACCGUUAUACGGUGGACAACCACGCCUGCACGGGCACACUCCUCUGCCGAAGAUGCCCUGAGGAGGAGCACAGUUACCGGCACCGCCACCUACGUGCAGCCUUCUAGCAAAGACGAAUCUUCUACAACUAGUUACAAGAUGUACACAGCUUCGCCCAUGCAGCCAGUAAGGGCAUCAAGCCUAACCAACAUGCACACUCAUAAAAGCUCCUCCAAUACUUCUCUCUAA